AUGUCACAGGAACUUACCGAAGAGUUGGAGGCUAUAAAUGCCAUAUUCCCUAACUCAUGUAACCCAGUAGUCCCUCAAGUAUAUAAUGUAACUAUACCUAAUCAUGAGCAAUUACAAAUUCAAUUAAGUUUCCCCAUAGAGUAUCCUCAACUAAUGCCAAAUAUAAUUCAAGUAAUUACUCAUCUGUUACACUAUAAUGAUUUGAAAUAUCUAGAGACUCAAUUCACAGAGAUUAUGUUAAGAGUAUUCAAUACUGAUCAAGUGUGUUUAUUUGAAUUUAUCAAUGAAGCUCAAGAGUUUUUGGAUGUGUAUGAUGAGCAGCAUACUGUGGAUGAACCAGUGAGUAGUAGUACUGCCAGUACCACCACUACUACUACUAAUACUACUAAUACUAAUACUAAUACUAAUACUAAUACUAAUACUAAUACCACCACCACCACUACCACUACUACUAAUACUAACACCAACCCUCUAGACGGUUGGAUCGUAUCUCAACCAAUUGUAGAUCGCAAUUCAACCUUUAUAGCAUACACUAGAAGAGUCAAUUCCCUCGAACAAGCUCAACAAUACCUAAACAUUUUAACUUCAGAUAAGAAAAUUAGUCGAGCUACUCAUAAUAUAAGUAGUUGGAGAAUUAAGAAAGAUAAUGGUAUACAAUAUCAAGAUUGUGAUGAUGAUGGAGAAACAGCAGCUGGAAGUCGAUUACUUCAUUUAUUAACGAUGAUGGAUGUUUGGAAUAUAAUCGUAGUAGUAAGUCGAUGGUUCGGAGGUAUCCAUCUUGGACCAGAUCGAUUUAAACAUAUAAAUUCGGCAGCUCGUGAUGCUAUAAUCAAAGCAGGAUUUGAUAAUGAUAAUGAUACUACAAAGAAAUCAAAGAAAAAGAAGUAA